AAGUUUACUUUAGUGUUCUUCUAAGUAUACUUUUAUGGAUUUAAAGUGUUCCAAUUUAGUGCGAAGAAGUAUACUUGAUAGUAAACUACUGGUGUACUUGUAUCCGUGUACUUGGAGAAAAGUAUGCUUGGGGACAUAUACUUUCUAUACUUUAGUAUACUUUGUAAAAUAAACUUGAAGUUUACUACUUUUUGGUAAGGGUUAGGAUGUACAGGUGGCCUAGUGUCCUUUUUCACAAAUCUCAUUUUAUCCUAUCUCAAACACGGCACGUUAGCUUUUUGUACGUAUUUUGAAGGACAAUUACUGAAAAAGUACACAGUAAAAGUAGGUCAUACUUUGGUACCAGGUAGUACUCAAGGUACUUAGCAGGUAUGUAUAGGUGGCCUAGUGUCCUUUUUCACAAAUCUCAUUUUAUCCUAUCUCAAACUCAGCACUUUUGGCAUUUUGGACAUACUUUUAAGUACAAUAACUGAAAAGUGCACAGUAAAAGUAGUUCAUACUUUAGUACCAGGUAGUACUCGAGGUACUUAGUAUGUGUGUAUCAAAAAGGCACAUUUAGCAUUUCAGCCCAUUCUGUCGCUCAUCUCAGCUCUUCUCCAGCAGCGAGACGGUAUUACCGUAAAGUACCAUGUAAAUGCGCAUUUCAAUUGGAGGUGCGGCUCACUUGACCACGGAAAAACGAACGACGGCUCACCGCAGUAAAAAACUUCCACUUAAGAGAAAUGCAUGCCCUUUAAAAAUGAUUGACAUUUAUUAACUAAUUCAAAAUAGCAGUUUAUAUUUUUCUGAAAUAGAUCAAUGUUUUUAUUUUCAAACAAAAACAUAGGUAUAAAUUUUGUUUCUAGAAACGACGUUUCCGUUUUGUUUUUGUCCGUCCUCAAUAAGGAUCCGGGGGGAAACACGAUACGUGAAUUUGACGAUGGAUGGUGUGCCUUGUCUUCGUGUGUCUCCGUGUCAUGCACAACUGUUCAGGAAAUGUCUACAGUCCAGAGGGCUGCUUAACCAGAGACUGAGUCUAGUCAAGAACGCAGAUGGAACUGUCCUCCUGCCCGUUUUAGGAUCCUGUUUGUCACAAAUUGAUCUUCAGUCUCUGAGAAACACUGCAGGGGCUUGUGACUUAGUUUGGACUCAGUCUCCACUUCAGUCAAAGACGAAAAAAGGGAAAACAGGUGGACACAAACUUGUGGAAAUCCUCCAGGAACUGAUGGAGUCUCAAGGUGAGAGAUGGACAGAGGAGCUGAAGAAAGACCUCCCUUGUAGCUUCCAGAGACACGGGGAUCUCAUCCUGCUGGGGGACAACUGUUUUACCCAUCCACUGUGGAAGAGAUUAGAUGACCGGUUAUGGAGGGCUGUGGCCAAAGCACUGGGUGUUGAACGCCUGGCAAAAAAGAGCCGGAUAUCCCAGGAUGGAUUUAGGUCCCCUGUGGUGAUGAUGCUGUUGGGGGAAAGCAGCUGGGUCAAACAUGUGGACAAUGGCAUCAGCUAUGAGUUUGACGUAACAAAGAGCAUGUUCUCAGCUGGAAACAUAACAGAGAAGCUCCGGGUGGCACGAUUUGACUGCAGAGGAGAAACUGUGGUAGAUUUAUAUGCAGGUAUUGGAUACUUCACUCUCCCAUAUCUGGUACAUGCAAAGGCCAGGCAUGUUCAUGCCUGUGAGUGGAACCCUGAUGCUGUUGCAGCUUUACAGAAAAACCUUCAUGCAAAUGGAGUGUUGGACCGCUGCACCAUUCAUCAAGGAGACAGUCGACAGCUCCAGUUGUGUAAUAUUGCCGACCGUGUGAAUCUGGGCCUCAUCCCGAGCUCUGAGGACGGCUGGCCGGUUGCUUGUCGACUUCUCAGGAGAAAAACGGGUGGAACUCUACACAUUCACCAGAACGUCACCCAGCCGUUACAGAACCCCGCUGCUAACGAUGCUGCUGAGAGAGAGACUGCAAAGAAAACUGACAGGGCGGUGUGGCAGACCUGGGCCCAAAACACAUCAAAUCGAGUUGCUUCUCUUCUUAAAGAUAUCACUGAUGCACCGUGGGUAACAAACAUACAGCACAUAGAGCAUGUGAAGUCAUAUGCACCUCAUGUCCACCACAUUGUGCUGGACUUGGAGUGCAGACCAUCUUAAAUUUAUGUAAAUAUGGUGUAAACUGCAAACGGCUCCAGUUUCAGAAAUCUACAGAGAUCAGUAGUUUCCAACACAAACUCAAUAGCAGCUUGUCAUCUGUGCAGGGUUUAGUAAACCUUUAUUCUUCUCAGGAUGGCUGAUGUAGCACAAACUCCACUUAAAACUCCUGUUUUACUGACCUCCUCUUGUAGCUGGCUAGACUCAAGACUGCAUCAUCUUCUGGUCGCUGCACAGAACUCUCACUGCAGGAUGCUUCAUGGUUGUCAUUUUAUUCAUGUGUAUACUGGUUUUCUUUUUUCCAGAAAUUAAAGUAAGAUGUUGAGAUGGUGUGAAA